GCGCCAGCACCAUGGGCACCGCGCCGAUGUGGCUCAUCGUCCUCAGCGCUGUCACCGCUGUCACGGCCCAGGAAGACCUCUACAGAAAGGUGUUUGUGUUCCGGGAGGACCCCAGCGACGCCUACGUGCUGCUGCAGGUGCAGCUGGAGCGGCCCAUGCUCAACUUCACCGUGUGCCUGCGCUCCUACACCGACCUCACCCGGCCCCACAGCCUCUUCUCCUACGCCACCAAAGCUCAGGACAACGAGAUCCUCCUCUUCAAACCCAAACCCGGCGAGUACCGCUUCUACGUGGGGGGGAAAUACGUCACCUUCCGCGUCCCCGAGAACCGCGGGGAAUGGGAACACGUCUGCGCCAGCUGGGAGUCGGGCAGCGGCAUCGCCGAGUUCUGGCUCAACGGGCGCCCGUGGCCCCGCAAAGGGCUGCAGAAGGGCUACGAGGUGGGCAACGAGGCCGUGGUGAUGCUGGGGCAGGAGCAGGACGCCUACGGGGGAGGCUUCGACGUCUACAACUCGUUCACGGGGGAGAUGGCGGACGUCCACCUGUGGGAUGCGGGGCUGUCCCCCGAUAAGAUGCGCUCAGCAUACCUGGCGCUGCGGCUGCCGCCCGCGCCGCUGGCCUGGGGACGCCUCCGCUACGAGGCCAAGGGGGAUGUGGUGGUGAAACCACGGCUGCGUGAGGCGUUGGGGGCCUGAGACCCCCAGCACGUCCCCCUUUGCUGUCCCGCUCCUCACCGUCCCCCCCUGCAUGGUGUCACACAGCCGCGGGGAUGUGAUGCACAGAGAGACGGGGACACCCCCAACCCCGCGUCGCCUCUCUCCUGCUGACUCCCCAUGGCACACAGUGCUGGCCCCGUCCCUGUCCUGGGGACCUUGUCCUCCC